AGAAGUUAUAGACUUACAACAACAUUGUCAACUGACAUGUCACGCCCUCUUGGUUCUUGGUGUUACUGUACAUUUCAUGUUGAAGCGUAAGAUCUCAGACUAUGACGCGUCUGACUCGUCGAUCUUUGGUGAUGUCCCAGCGCGGAACAAACGCCUCUUCCGACCCAAGCACAGCGUCAAACAGCAGUGGGCGCCGCAACCACAGAGCAAUAUGAGUGAGCUGCUAGACUUUGUUCUGCAGCACGAGGAAGCGUUUAAAAAUCAGCAUCGCCUUGCCUCGCUGUAUGCGGACUUCCGACAGCAGCUCGAGAUAAACCCAGAUGGCUACCAUGCCAACAUCGCAGCCUGGACGAAAGCGCUGGCUGAUGCUGCGCGAGCAGGUGUCAUCCCUUCGCAGGGUACUACGCGCGAUCUCUUGAAUAUACGGACCGCAGACGACCUUGCGCGAGCGCUGCAGCAUCCACAGUAUGGCAAACCCACGUGCCUACCUGCUGUGUUUCACGAGGCGGUGCAGAAGAAGGAGAUGAUGCCACUUAAAGACUUCAUGGGCUCAAAUGCCAGCAUAUACAAGACGUCUUGGGUGCCGACGCCGUGGUCUGCGCUGCAGUGGAGUCUGCGAACAGUCGGUGUGCUAGGCAAGGCUGCUCCGCCAGAUAAGCUCGCAGUGAGGAACUAUGUCGUGCUGAAGAACAUCGAGGUAGCCGGCGACGAGAUCUUGAAGAAGAUGAAGGAGCACACAUCGACCGCCGACCGGGUCCUGUCACGACGAAACUUCCUCGAACGCUUCUCGCACACGCUCAACCCCGCCGCGCCGCUGACGAACAACGAUCUCAAUAUCAUGCUGGUCUACCUAGCUCGAGACAAGCAGGCGAUAUCCUACGAUGCACAAACCAUCAAAUUCAAGCCUGAGCACGAAACGCAGGUCCUCCCUAUCACUGAAGAAGACGCCGCCAUUGCAGGACUGCGCGACACACUCGCAAACAUCAACGCUCAGAUUCCCCCGCUCAUGGAGAAGAUCGCGUCUGCCGACGCCGCAGCUCGCGAAGCGGUCGCCGCAAAGCAGAUGGUGCGCGCCAAAGCCGCUCUGCGGUCGAAGAAGCUCGCCGAAACAGCACUCGCACAGCGCUCGGACGUAGCUCUGCAGCUCGAAGGCGUGUACUCGCGACUACAGCAAGCAGCCGACCAAGUCGAGAUCGUAGAGGCAAUGCGCGCUGGCGCCGCGGCCCUGAAGGGCUUGAAUGAGAAGGUUGGCGGCGCAGAGGGCGUACAAGGUGUUGUCGAUGCUGUCAAUGAGCAGAUGGCUACUACAGAGGAGAUCACGAACAUCAUCAAUGAGACGGAUACUGUCGAUGAGGUGGACAUUGAAGAUGAAUUUGAGGCGCUCGAGCGGGUCGAGAAAGAGAAGAAAGACCGGGAGGAAGCUGCGAAGACAGCCGCAAGACUCGCAGAGCUCGAGGAGGUGGAGAGGAAGCAGAAGGAGCAACAGGCGAAGGAAGCAGCUGCUGCAAAAGAGAAGCAGUCUGACGAUGAUGUAGUCGAGGAGAAGGUCGAACAGGCGUCACAGGGUAUUGCGAACAUCUCAUUCCUACAGGAGGACGAGAAGACAGCAGAUUCAGAGCGUACGCCUGCAUAUGCUUGAGACGCGGCGCUUCUACGAAGUUAUUUCUUCAUCUUUUUGAUUUCGCAUAGCAUUGGCGUCAGGCAUUUACGAUACUACAUAGACAUUGGUGCGAGUCGCAAAUACAUAUCACACAACCUCCAGUCCCUCUCCAGUCAUAAAGUACAUCUUCCUCUCGACCCAUCCGUGCCCCCAAAAUCCUCCCGUCGGC